UGUCCUGGUACCUUCCUCCUGUCCUGGUUGGCUACUCUACCCAGCACCUUUGUUCAGCUCCGCCCCAUGUGGCCUGGAGGUGGCCUCUCUGCCCACCGGCCUCAGAGCCAGCUCUGGCUGUGCCGAGAUGGAGCUGCCCCUGCCAGGGCUGUGGCUGAAGAGGCUCUGGGUGCUCUUUCAGGUGGCCCUGCACGUGGCCAUGGGCAAAGUGCUCAUGACAUUGUUUCCUGGGAGAGUCAAGCAGGACAUCCUGGCCAUGAGCCAGAAGACGGGCAUGGCCAAGAACCCUCACUUCUCCCAUGAGAACUGGAUCCCCACCUUCUUCAGUGCCCAGUAUUUCUGGUUUGUGUUGAAGGUCCGAUGGCAACGACUGGAGGACAAAACUGAGGAAGGGGGUCUGGCCCCAAACUGCCCCGUGGUCGGCCUGUCAGGACAGAGGUGCCACAUCUGGGACUUCAUGCAAGGCAACAGGCCACUAGUGCUAAAUUUCGGAAGUUGCACCUGACCUUCAUUUAUUUUCAAAUUUGACCAAUUCAAGAGACUUAUUGAAGAUUUUAGUUCCAUAGCAGAUUUUCUCAUCAUUUACAUUGAAGAAGCACAUGCAUCAGAUGGCUGGGCUUUUAAGAACAACGUGGACAUCAAGAAUCACCAAAAUCUCCAGGACCGCUUGCGGGCAGCCCACCUGCUGCUGGACAGGAGCCCCCAGUGCCCCGUGGUGGUGGACACAAUGAAGAACCAGAGCAGUCGGCUCUUCGCGGCGCUGCCCGAGAGGCUCUAUGUGCUCCAGGCGGGCAGGAUCCUGUACAAGGGUAAACCUGGCCCCUGGAACUACCACCCAGAAGAAGUUCGUGCUGUUCUGGAAAAGCUCCACAGUUAAUCUGGACAGAUGCCCCAGUUCUAGGUGCCAAACAGGAGGGCUCCUAAGGCUUGGCUCGCCCGCCAUCCAUCCCGGCUGAUGUUCACCUCUUGACCUGUGUCCCCAGCUGAAUCACUGGUCAGGAUCUUUCUGAUCCAAGCAAACAAUUGUUACAAUGCGAAAACGAAGCAAGUAAGCUGAGGGUUAGAGAAGAUACAACUCCACACCGCCCCCUCCAGGGAGACCUGUAUAUUGCACAUCUCAGCGUGAGAGUAGGUCCUCCCUGGGCUUACUUAGGAGGGAUGGUCUCUCUCCAGACACUUUGCUAUGGCAUUUCUUAAACAAAGCAAUUUCAUUUCACCAAGUUUGCCAUUUAUGGAAUUGAUCACUUAAGACACUAAACUGGUUUUCAGCACUAAGCAUGGGAGAACUCCGGGUGUUUAGAGAGUGAUGAAGAAUUUAAAGGGAAACCAGAAGGAAUGGGAAUAGACGUAAAGAUGGGAAUCCCUUCCUUUAGCAAAAGAUUUAAACCAGAGGGCAGUGGUGGUGAUGAGGGGUGAGUUUCCAUGGUGACAUAUCUUCAAUUCUACUGCAGAAGAGGAGGGUACUCUCUUUACCACCUUUGAAUACAUUUCAGAGAAGUCUGGCUCACUGUCCCUGGAAAACUAACCCUGUCUUCACUUAUCAAGAGUCACCUGGGAGGAGCACUGGUUCCGGGAAACCCUUAUACCCUUGACCGAACUAGACAACGGUCACUACAAAGCUGUCAUUCAGUUACACAGAAGCUUAUAUUUGAAAUUCUGUUUCUCCACUUCCUUCCCAAGUCUCCUAAUGGUCAUUUAUGUUAGAUUACAUCAGACUAAUGGAUAACCAUUGGUAUCGAUCUGUUUUAACUCUGCUUCUUUUCAUAUUUGUUUAUGACGGCCACAGCCUAAAGUACACACGGCUGUGACUUGAUUUGAAAGGAAAUGUUUUAAGAUGCAGUAAGCUAAUACAGAAUGAUUAAAAUGUAUCAGGCUA